AUGGAUUUCGAAACAUUGGCGUCAGGACUUAAUUGCACUCCACCAGCUAUAGACGACUUCCCUAGGGAUUUAUUUACAGAAGAACAAAGACAAGGUGGGGCCGUGGUUGUCCACAUCGUGGUGUCGCUAUACCUUUUCGUGGCAUUGGCGGUAGUCUGUGAUAAAUAUUUUGUACCGGCGGUGGAAAAAAUAUGCCAUGCGUUAAAUAUGACAGCGGAUGUUGCGGGCGCGACUUUCAUGGCAGCCGCCACAUCAGCGCCCGAGCUCUUCGUAAAUGUUAUUGGAACAUUUAUCACUGAAGGAGACAUUGGUGUCGGUACCAUCGUCGGAUCGGCUGUAUUUAACAUUCUAGCAGUCGCCGCCUGUUGUGGUAUUGGAGCUGGCAUGAGCGGCGCGAAGAUAGUACCUUUGGAUUGGUGGCCUCUGACAAGAGAUUGCCUGGCCUACGGCAUUACAGUAUCGCUUCUCAUCUGCAUCAUACACGACGAACGAGUCGAAUGGUACGAAGCCCUGUGCCUCGUCUUGCUGUAUACCGUCUACAUUCUCAUCAUGUACUUCGAUAAACCCAUACAGAAUUGCGUUAGAGGGAGAUUGAAGUUGGCGCAGUUGAGCAUUUCACGUCGCAGUUCCAAAAACCCUGCAGAAAACACAGAAGAAAGAGUUGAAACGAAACCGCACAUCAAACAACUCGAAAGCGGCGACAACAGAAUAGAAACCGAGAACGAUGCCAAAGAACAAGCGGAUAACCCGGACGCGAAAAAUAAUUCGUCCAAUUACGACGAGGGCGUGUUUGUUAUCAAUUCCUCGACGCACGUAAACGGAUCGCUGAAGCUGCCGAUGAGCUUCGAGGAGAAACUAGGUAAAGACGAAACCGAAAAUACGGAGAAAGGCGAAAAGAACAGACAUUCGCUGUGGAAAUGGCCAAGGAAACGCGGCAAACUGGCGCAGUUCACUUGGAUUAUUACGUGGCCCAUAUAUUUGAUAUUUCUGUUCACCAUACCGGAUUGCGAGAAAAGAAGGUUUAAAAAAUGGUUUCCUCUUACCUUCGUCAUGUGCAUUAUUUGGAUUGGUUCUCUAUCGUACGCUGUAGCUUGGAUGAUAACAAUAAUCGGCGAUACAUUGAAAAUUCCGGAUUCCGUAAUGGGCAUUACUUUCUUAGCCGCUGGAACGAGCGUACCCGAAGCUGUAUCGAGUGUAAUCGUUGCAAAACAAGGACACGGUUCGAUGGGAAUUAGCAACUCAAUAGGAUCCAAUACGUUCGACAUCCUGCUCUGCCUGGGCCUUCCCUGGUUCAUAAAAGCCACCUUCAUGCCGACCAUACCCGGAAAGCAUUGGGUUGGAAUUAAUUCAGCCGGUAUAGAGUACAGCGCCAUAUCGCUGCUGUCCACCUUACUGAUGCUGUACAUGGCGUUCGCGUUGAACAAGUUCCAACUGGACAAAACGGUGGGAAGAGUGUGCCUGUUGAUGUACGCCGUUUUUCUAAUAUUAGCCAGCCUGAUCGAAUUGAACGCCUUCUUUAGGGUCAAUUUGCCGACGUGCGGCCGAUGA